GAACGUUAUACUCAAUAGUAAAACUGAUAAAUAGAUUCGAUCAGAUUGAUAAUCGGGGAGCCUUUUGGCCAGGAUAAGAAUUUCAAGAUGGCUCAACAUAACAAAUUGUUACUAGCUACAAUGAUAAUUGCUGCAUUAAUUUUAGUGUUUAAUUUUGCACUAAGUGCGAUUAAUAAUUUUGAAACUAAUCUUUAUAGAUACAAUUUGUCGGAACUGUCUAACAAGUAUUUUACUGGUAUAACUCCUUCUGGAUGGACAUUUAGUAUUUGGGGUUUGAUUUACUUCUGGCAAUGUCUUUGGAUUAUCUUUGCAUUCAUUAACAUAUUCAGAAAAGUCGACGGUAAUCCUGCUUAUGUCAGUCCAAUGGUACUUACUCCGGCUCUGUUUAUUGCAUACGCAAUCGACAUAGCAUUCACAAUUACUUGGACAUUCGUCUUCGACAGAGAGCUCAUCGAAAUUUCGUUUGUUACCCUUUUCCUGGUAUCUUUUACAUUGUACAUUUGUCUCUUCAUCGCUUACAAGAAUUAUGCCACACAUGCACCAAUCUUGGCCAAACAAGGCCGUAAUAUUGAACUUUGGCUUCACAGACUCUUUGUGCAUAACGGACUAGGUAUAUUUGCAACAUGGACAACCAUUGCAACAUUGCUAAAUUUAGUCAUGAUGCUUGUCUACAGAUUAGGGGUAGAACUGCAAACUGGUGGAACUAUCGCUUUGGGUAUUCUUACGGGUGAAAUUACACUUUUUGUGUUCACAGACUUGUUUUUCCUAGACAAAUUCUCUCGUUACACUUUAACGCCGUACUUAGUAGUUCCUUUUGCACUUGGUGGAAGUAUGGAUAAGAACUGGAAUUCUGACAAAACAAACUCAAUAUUUACAGCAGCUCUACUGGGUAUCGGGUUGGCUGCUCUGGUUUUAAAACUUAUCAUGAUGUUUUGGCGACAUUGUCGAAAACCCAUCCAACCUGGUGAGACCAACAGUUACGACUUAAAAGUCUAAAUUCUGUUAACAACAAACUUUUUAUGAAGUAUUAUGACUUCAUUAUCUCCUACUUUUAGAAUGAAAUCCGUUGUAUAAUAUUAAUAGAAUGGCAUCUAUUUCAUUUUGGUUGUAGAAUAUCUAUAAGUUGAACGAGUUGGCUGAAUGUCCAGAGAAUACAGUGCAUGUGUUUCUUGUAUAUUACUCAUCCGAAAUUGUAAAUAUUAAUCAACUGUAAAAACAUACUGUAUUUGUUUUUUUUUAAUAAUAAAAAUUUAAAUAUAUCUAAAU